AUGUACUCACACACGAUUGCGAGUGCCUUAUUUGCAGCUUGCUGCCUGUCAGGCCUGGCGACGGCGUCGAGUCCUCUUCAUAAUGCCGACGUCAAGCCUGACUACUCCUUUGACGAUCUUUGGUCUCUGGAGAGAAGUUUCUGGGAUACCUUUCUCUACCCGACGAACGUAGCACAGAUCAACGCCACGGAUGACUCUGUCUUUGCCGAAAAUGUCCAAGGCCGAGUGGACAUCACACGCACCUUCGACGGCCGCGAGCUCAACAAUGAAUACAUCUUUGGGCUUUUCUCCGAGCCAGACCACCUUAGUCUCGUGGGCGUACCCAUCGCAUACAGCAUCACCCAGUUCACAGCCAACGGCAACAUCGCGUCGGCGACGACGGUCGUCACCUUCAACUCGACCUCCUUCGGCGUCAUCAUCCCCGUAACCAUCGACUCCUGGAUCGAAUGGGACACGCAGAAGAAGAUUGUGCAGUACGACGCCACAUUCAGGUGGUUCGGGCCCCUCCUCGAGGCGCUGCUCAAAGCGCAAGCCGCGAGGAUGAAUACCACCGACCUGGCCAUAGUGCGGGCAGCGCUUACGCAGCAACUAGCAGACACAAUCUGCCAGACGCACGAAGACAACUGCAAGGGGGAGAACCAGCAAUACGAGAGUCGGGACGCCUGCAUGGAUUUCCUGACGAACAAGACGCGCUUCGGACAGGCGUACGAGCUGGGCCGGGAUACCCUGCUCUGUCGCGAGGUGCAUGAGCUUAUGGUCAAGUACCGGCCGGAUAUACACUGUCCGCAUAUCGGACCAACAGGGGGUGACUACUGCGUGGACGAUCUAUCGUAUGAGCAGGUGGUGCUGGAGAAGUAUUUCCGGGACUCGUUUAUCGCCUAUGGGUAUGGCCAGGAGCAGAAUAUCUGGGUUGCGUAA